AUGAGUUCUGCAAAACUUCCCAUCCGGGUUUUGACACACAAUAUCCGAUAUGCGACUACAUCCCCCUUCAAAGGCGAACAGCCCUGGGCUGAACGAAAACAAUUGCUGUUGAAUGAAUUUGAAUAUGAGACUCGCCAUUGCAAAGAAACUUUCGUAUGUCUACAGGAGGUUCUUCACAAUCAACUUGGUGAUAUUCUGGCUGGAUUGAAUGGGGACGCAGAGCCUGGGACACUCGAAUGGGAGUAUAUCGGUGUUGGUAGAGAUGAUGGCUACGAGGCUGGGGAAUACUCUCCCAUCAUUUACAGGCCAUCAGUUUGGGGGUUACUACACUGGGAGACAGUGUGGUUAUCCAAGACACCCGAGACCCCGUCCAAGAGUUGGGACGCAGCCUCCAUCCGCAUUGUCACCAUUGGCAUCUUCACCCAUCGAGCUAGUCAGAAAACGGUCCUUGCCAUGAACACCCAUCUUGACGAUCAGGGAUCUCAAUCUCGUCUCGAGGCUGCACAUAUCAUUAUCGGGAAGAUGUCCGAAUACAGCCAGAAUAAAUUCGCAGAGCUCAUCUCGGGCACUUUCCUGGCCGGCGAUUUCAACAGCGAAGAGAACCAGGAAGCCUACCAAGAGCUGACAAGAAGCUUACUUGAUACAUACAAGGAAAUUGACAGCUCAAAGCGAUAUGGUAACUACAUCACUUGGACUGGAUUUGGAUACGAUGAUGAGCCAGCCUCGCGUAUUGACUAUGUUUUGGUGAGACCCGCCGGGACUCAAGGUCAGAGGUUGGCAGUCAUUGGCUAUGCUGUGUUAGGGAAUCAGUUUGACGACGGUGUUUUGAGCUCGGAUCACCGCGCUGUUAUUGUGGACUUGACACUCUAA